GCGGGCAAAGUGCAAGAGGGCAGCAGGGUAGGGUUCGGGCCAACGGGGGUGCCGGUGAGGAGCCCGACCCACUCCAAGUUCGAGUGCAAGUUGGAGCCGCCGAUCAAGGCCCGUGGCAGGGCCGAGGACGCAGCGGAGGCGCGCACGCUACUUGAGGGCAAGCUCAAGCUGGUGCGCACAGAGAUCGAGAGCAAGAAGCCGAGCAUCACCCAGCACACGAAUGUUGGACACAGGCUCGCGCGGGCUAGAACCAAGCUGGAGAAGGUCACGGCGGAGCUGGAGGAGCAUAACAAGAUGCUCGACGAGCUCAACGCCAGGACGGCCGAGAUCCAGGCACGCAAAGUUGCGGCAAUGGCGGAGGUGGCAGAGUUGUAUUGGCAGCACAUCCAGUCCUUCCCUCGUGCUUCUGAUGGCGAUGAUGGUGACAGCAAGCAGCCUUUGGAUUUCAACCUUCCCCCCGGCAUUCUGGAGGGUAGGGACGCGAUCAUGAGCAAGCUCGCCACUCCCCAGUUUCAGGAGUUUGCGAAGAUGUUCGCCGAUCAUCGGGCUGCUGCUGGUGGCGACCGCGCAGGCGCAGGUGAGCCUCGCGAUGGGGAGGCCGCUGAUAAGGAGGGUGCACCCGCCCCGCACGACACCGAGAUGGGCGAUGCCUUCGAAGACGAAACAGCUGCGGAG